AUGUCUAGCCGCUCCUCCUACAUCACCUAUGGUCCAAGGACGUCCUCGUCCUCCGUCAGCUCGCGCGGUUCCGCUGGCUACGUCGACUACAGAGUUCCCGUCUCCGAGUCCCCAGGCCGCUAUGGCAGCAACGAUGGGGUCUACUCUGUGACCCGCAACAAGGUCCAGGUCACCAACCACAAGCAGCGGAUUAGCGACCCAGCCGAGCCACGCUCUAGCGAUGCGGCGGGCUACUACGGCGGCUCCUCCUACCAGAGAUAG